CGCAUGAGAGUGGAGCUAUUGUCAAGCCGGCAAGAUAAAACUCUGGGCACCUAUUCCGGGCUGUCGCUCUCACUGACGGCGCCGUUUCGCCCCAACGUAAUCUCCUUGCCGCACAAACGUGCACAUUUCCCUGCGUCGGCGCUCGUCUAUAGCUGAACCAGGCGGACGUCAAAGACCACUCCCAGAUUGCGCUGUGAGGGACGUCAGCUGGCGUCACUUUGCCUGUAUCGUCAAGGACGCACUGCCCGUUGCUCCCGCUGAAGCAGCGUCGCCUCCGAGGACGGUCUACGCGGUCGCCGACGCGACGUGAACAGCGACGUGCACCUCAUCGGUGCACAUGGGAUGCGUUGAGUCUUGUGACGCAGACGAGGUAGACAGCCGAGCAGCCAUGUCCACGUACCAGCCUCCUCCGCCACCCGGUAGCGACCAGUACGUGCCACCGCCUCCGCCAUCCGACCAGGUAGACAGCUACCAGGCACCCGUGGGAACCGCCUACUGCCCACCACCGGCACCGGACACCGUGGACUCAGCGGCCACCUACCAGCCGCCCACUUUCAGCUACCAGCCGCACAGCGCAGAGUACACGUCAGGCAGCACCUACGUGCCGCCUGCGUACCCCGGCGAUAGCUACCAGCCGCCCAGCGAGCCGGCCUUCUACAGCGGAAGCAGCGCCGGCGACACGUACGCGCCGCCCGCCGCACCGGGUGGCGACGUGUACUGCCCGCCAUCCCUGCCGGGAUACGACGCCCCGCAAGACUGCUACGUGCCUCCGCCGCCUCCGGAAGACUGAUGCCAAUAAAGGAGUACA